GCGGCGAUCAACCGGGAGGACCUGAACGAGCUCAUCCGCAAGUGGCAGGGCGAGAUCCAGGGGUUCUACUGCGCGGGCCGCUACGAGAACAUCGUGCGCCUGAGCGUGUUUUUCCUGGCGGCCGCGAAUGCGGAGACGCCGAAGCUGUCCGCGAAGGACAUCCAGAAAAGGGCUCAAGGACGUGCUCGGAGAGACGGACUGCACGGCCGUGUCAUGGUCGAAGAUGAUGGUGGAGACGUAGGCAUGGCGCAACAAGAAGCGGCGCGACGACAAGGCGACGCAGCGCUUGUCACCCGCUCCGACAAGCUCGUGGACGAGCAUGUUGAUUACAACGCGCUGGAGGUCGCGAGGGAUGGGGAGGGGUUCCCGCUGCGGAAGGGGCCCAUGGGCUUCGCCGUGAUCGCUGUUGACGGCGAGGUGAUCGAGACGCUUGUGCCGAACGCCACGGUGGAGGCCCACCCGAAGGGCGGGGCCAGGAAGAAGCCAGCGGCCGCGCAGAAGAAGCCAGGGUGCGCCGUCGUCGACAGCGACGACGAGGAAAGGGAGAGCAGCGACGAGAGGGCGGACUCGGACGCAGAUGCCGCCGCGAGCGACGCGCCCAGGAGGAGGCCCGCUGCCGCCGCCGCGGGCGAGGAGGGGCAGGGCCUGCGCGCGGAUCCGCCCCCGGAGCCGAGGCCGCCCCAAGAAGGCAAGGCGCGGGUCGCCAUGUGGCACAAGCGGGACCAGGCGGCGGCGGUCCGCCAGGCGCGCAAGCCUGGGAGACAGCUCGCGCAAUGGUCUUCGGGCGGCAAGUACACAGAGGAUCUGGUGAGGCAGAUGGCCGCGGAGUCGGUUGCGAAGUUGUCCACGGGCGAGAUCGCGGAGGGCGAGGUGCGCGCGAAGGGGCUGGAGUUCCUGCGCUC